AUGCCUGAAUCGAAUCAUUCCAAAUGUGAAAACCUUGUCGCGCAGCCUGCGAAGCGUCGGAAAGUCCAAGCUGGUGUUUUCAAACGCUACCAAAAGCUUCACCGACCCAACCAAGUUGAUGAAGAUGCGCGACGGGUUUCAGUGCUCCAGCAAUGGGCUGCUGUGAUCAUGUCUUGCCCAGCUGCUUCGCAGGUCGGUCGCGAAGUCUUGCGCUCAGUGGGCUCCAAGCCAAGCCCUGAGGCACUGCCGCAAUGCCAAGAGAUUAUUGAUGACAUUGUGGCAAUGAAGUCCACUGCGACAUUGGUCAAACGAGUUGGGGCCAUUCGCCGCUUUGUGCUCUGGUGCGCACCUCAGCACUCCCCACCACUGCCUUUUCGGGAAGAUUUGCUCCACAGUUAUUUACAACAUUUGAGGGAGCAACGUGCUGCCGCCUCCAGCGGCACCACUUUUCUUGAGGCUGUGCGAUUUGCCGCGGCAAUGUUUGGCAUUGAUGGCAUCAGUGGUGUCAGCAAGCGCCUUGUAGGCUUGGCCUCCAAAAUGGCGAUCAAUUCACCUGCCCUCCGCCAAGCACCGGCUCUGUUAGUAGAUCAUGUGAUUGCCUUGGAGCAAAUAACUGCUCAUUCUGAUGUGCUUCAAGAUCAAGCGCUAGCUGGUUCUUUAUUGGUCCUUUUGUAUGCUCGUUGUCGCUUCGGCGAUGGUCAGCGUGCCACAGAACUCUUGUUGGACAUUGCGCAAGAUGCUUCGGGCCAAACGACGGGUUUCAUCGAGUUGUCCAUCAGACGGCAUAAGACUGCAACCAGCAUUGAACGGAAGCGCCGCAUUUUACCUGUUGUUGCACCGAUCUUUUCUCUAUCGGGCAUAGCGUGGCAUGAUGCUUGGGUAAGGGCGCGCGAACAAUUAGGCCUAUGCGCAGAAGGAGAACUGAGCGCACCAUUGUGCCCUGCAUUUGACCGUGAAGGCGCCCCGCUCCCAAAUGGUUUGACUUCGGGCGAAGGGAGUGAAUUGCUGCGUGGCUUGCUGCGAGCACACUUGGGCGCGGAAGUGCCGCACUACACUUCCCAUUCCUUGAAGACUACCUUGCUAUCAUGUGCAGCCAAAUUUGGCCUUGAUCUAGCCUCCAGGCGAAUUCUUGGAUAUCAUCUGGCGCCCGGCGCCAAAACUGCAGAAACUUAUGCUAGAGAUUGCAUGGCGGCUCCUUUACGGCAAUUGCUUGGUGUGCUUGAAGCCAUUCGCGCUGGGAGUUUUCAGCCAGAUGUGACACGCAGUGGCAUGUUCAGCGUUGAAGAGAGUGCAGAGGAGUGCCUUGACCAGAUUGACGAGCUGUCUGAGUGCUGCUCGCGCGGUUCAGCUGAAGCGCCCGUAGAUCUUGACGACGAUACUGAAUUGCUGAAACUGCUGCCUGCAAAAGCUCGCCCAAAAUUUCUGCAAGCUGCUGCCGGCAAGCGAAUUUUUCGACACAAGUACUUGGGGCUCUACCACAUCCAGAAGGAAGAUGGUACCGCGCUGGAGUGUGGAAAGUUGCUGACGGACAAUUUCGUUGAGGUGGAAGCUCGCGCUGAAACCGCUGUAAAAUGCAAAGGCUGUUAUGUGGCGUCCAAGUCCGCCGUUGUAGCCAUUGAGUAG